AUGCAUGUCACAACAAGGAAUGUCCAUUUUUACACAUUGAUCCUGAAACUAAAGUCAGAGAUUGUCCAUGGUACGAUCGUGGUUUCUGCAGACACGGUCCUUUGUGUCGGCAUCGGCAUGUUAGACGCGUCCUGUGUAUGGCUUACUUAGCCGGCUUUUGUCCAGAGGGGCCAAAUUGCAAAUUCAUGCAUCCAAGAUUCGAAUUACCGGCGGUGCAGGACAUGCAACCAAAGGAGGGCAAGAAAGUGAUGAUCACUUGUCACUUUUGUGGGGAAGGAGGUCAUAAAGCAAUCUAUUGCAACAAAAUGCCGCCCGAUGUGCGAGAAGCUCAAGUCAGACAGGAGCUUGAUAACAAUUCUCACACGUCGCAUCACCAUAUGAAUAUGCACAAUGGACCACCGCCGCCGCGAGGGCCGCAAAAGCCACUCGAAGAAGUGACGUGUUACAAGUGUGGGCAGAAAGGUCAUUAUGCCAAUAAAUGUCCAAAGGGUCACUUAGCAUUUUUAAGUCAUGCAGGUAGUGGAGGUGGUGCACAGAAUCAGAAUUAUCGGAGAUGACUUUUUUCGUUUUAUUUGUGUAACAUGAAUAUUGUGAUGCUACUUUAUCUCAUUAUUAUCUAUAAAAAUUUCUAUCAUACAAUAAAAUAAUUUAUCAUACCUAA